GCAAUAUAGCUGGACGGACACAGCACAGUUCCAUCGACGGAGAAACAUGCAGGCAGGGCCUAGCACCGUCGUGGGGCCAUCCACAUUCAGGACUGGCACCACCCUUGGGUUCCAGAAGCAAUCCAGCACAUUGAAAGCAGGCCUUCGUCGGUCGUUGUGGUGUGAGGCAGCUCAGGCAACCAGGAAAGAGAGAACCCAGAGAAGACACCAAAGUGUGAGGAAUAAGGUCGAGGGUCGAUCCGACAGGCCGCGCUUAGCUGUCUACAGGUCCAACAAUCACAUAUAUGCACAGGUCAUUGAUGACAGCAUUGGCGACACCCUUGUUGCUGCCUCCAGUCUGACACCUGAGAUCAGGGAGAAGCUGAACGGGGGUGGUGGUGGGAACAAGGGAGCUGCUGAGCUUGUCGGGCGGAAGAUUGGAGAGUUGUGCUUGGAACAAAACAUCAGCACGGUGUCUUUUGACCGGGGCGGCAAUGUCUACCACGGCCGUGUCAAGGCUCUGGCAGACGCAGCCCGCGAGGCUGGCUUGGGUUUCUGAAGGGCUUGGCUCUUCAGCAGCGCUUGUGAUCCUGGGAUAUGAGACCAUCAGAGCCUGUUAAUAUGAGAUAUCCGACACACUCGUGAAGUGAGGGACACCGGAGGCAGACAUGUCUCAAAAGGAGGCAUUCAGCUGACUAUCUGAGUACCGCACACAUCAGGCGUCAGAUGUCGCUGGCGCACAGAUCUGCUGUGGCAGAUACGUUGGGUCAUUUCACAGGCUUAAUACUGCUUGUACCAAUAUCUAAGCAUUGCCAUCACACGAUGCUACAGCUGAAAGCUACAGCUCGUCACAACGCACUUUGCAGGCACUGUGGUUGGAGAGAGGAAUUAGGUUUAGAAUGAGGCUAUCUCAAGACAGGCCACGCCCCAGAAUACGACAAAUGCUUCCACUUCCAGUAGUGUUGUUUGGACUCAUUGGGGAAUCUUGCCAUGAUGGGGUGCUUCUGAUGUGUGUGGUCGUGCAAAACCGCGAGGAAAUACUUUGUAAACGUGGCCCUUACAUUU